AUGGAACAAAGUGAAGGUGAACAGGAAUCCCAGCCAGAGAGUCACGUGGAUAGCAAGAGCAGCGUGAAAUCCUUGCCUGGGGGAGCAGCCCAUGUCAAACUAGAGAUAAAAAAACAUGCAGUUACAGAUGACUACAAACUCUCCAAACGGGUGCUAGGGUUAGGAAUCAAUGGCAAAGUGCUGGAGUGUUUCAACAGGGAGACAGGCCAGAAAUGUGCUUUGAAGCUCCUGUAUGACAACCCAAAAGCCCGUCAGGAAGUAGAGUAUCACUGGAGAGCAUCAGGGUGUCCUCACAUUGUCCACGUCCUGGAUGUUUAUGAGAAUAUACAUCAUGGAAAGAGAUGCCUCCUCAUUGUCAUGGAAUGCAUGGAGGGAGGAGAGCUGUUUAGCAGGAUCCAGGAGAGAGGAGAUCAAGCUUUCACUGAGAGAGAGGCUGCUGAGAUAAUGAGAGACAUCGGAACAGCCAUCCAGUAUCUUCAUUCGAUGAACAUUGCCCAUAGAGAUGUCAAGCCUGAAAACUUGCUUUACACGUCUAAAGAGAAGGAUACUGUACUCAAACUCACAGACUUCGGCUUUGCCAAAGAAACCACUGUACAAAAUGCACUGCAGACCCCUUGUUACACUCCUUAUUAUGUGG